AUGUCUGUUCAACCUUCUUCUUCACGACCAACAUUGGUGAAGUAUGAGACGCCAGUCCUUCUCUCUGAGGUGAAGCGAAAAAAGGCGAUGAGGGAUAAAAAGCGAACAGGAUUAGGGCCACAGGUUUCCCCACAGCCAGAGGAUGUAUUGUACAGUAUUAUUCCACCACGGGAGUAUGAGGAAGGAGGUGAAAAGUGGGUGCAGUUUGUCUCCAGUACUCCAGCCACACGACUGGAUGUGAUCAAUCUGCAAGAACGUCUGGACUCACUAUUACAGGAACGACAAGCACGUGAAACUGGAAUAUGUCCUGUUCGUGAAGAAUUAUACCGACAGGUAUUUGAGGAACUUAUUCGUCAAGUAACAGUAAAUUGUGCAGAACGUGGUUUAUUAUUAUUGCGUGUACGUGAUGAACUCCGUAUGACACUUGAUGCCUAUCGUUCCCUUUAUGAGAGCAGUGCGGCUUUUGGUAUGCGUAAGGCCUUACAGGCGGAACAAAGUAAGAUUGAGAUGGAAGCGAAGAUACGCGCUUUAGAGCGUGAGAAGGAGGAAUUGAAACAACAGGUGGAGGAAUUGGAAUCUCGUUGUGAGACUAUUCAAGAACAAGAAGAAGAACGUCGACUGGAAGAGGAAAAGAAGCAUAAUGAAGAGGUGGCGUUCUUUCGUCGUACAUACCAGACCCUCACGGCUAACCUGCAGACUGUGUGUAAUCCCACAAAGACAUGA